AUCGAGAGCUAGCCAGACGUGUGAGCUAGCUAGCUUGUUGGCUGUUGCCGUGUUCGCAGCUUCGCACGUACUCGCGACUUCGCAAGCCAUCGGCUUCCCGCCUCUCUUCCUUUCAAAAAAAAAGAAAGAAACAGCUAAAGGCUCAAGCAACACGGUGGUGCCUGUCGGGAUUGACGAAGCAGCGGAGGUGGCGAUGGACCGGGAGUGCUCACCGCUGGCAGCAACGACGCGGAGCGGGACGGGCAGAAGCCACAGCGAGGCGGAGCGGAAGCGGCGGCAGCGCAUCAACGCCCACCUCGCCACGCUCCGCACCCUCCUCCCUGCGGCGUCGCGGAUGGACAAGGCGGCGCUGCUAGGGGAGGUGGUGCGGCACGUGCGGGAGCUGCGGGGCGAGGCGGACGCCGCGGCGGCGGGCGCGGCAGUGGCCGUCCCGGGGGAAGGCGACGAGGUCGGCGUCGAGGAGGGCCACCAGCACCGCUUCUGCCACGGCGGGGAGAGGGCCGCCAGGCGCGUCAGGGCGUGGGUGUGCUGCGCCGACCGCCCGGGGCUCAUGUCCGAGCUGGGCCGCGCCGUGCGGUCCGUCAGCGCGAGGGCCGUGCGCGCGGAGAUAGCCACCGUCGGCGGGAGGACGCGGAGCGUCCUGGAGCUGGACGUCGGCGGGCGGCACCACGAUGGCGAGGGAACGUCGACGUCGUCACGGCCAGCGCUGCAGGCGGCGCUCCGGGCCGUGCUGCUCAGCCGGGAGGAGAUGCUCGGCGCCGAGUGCUACAAGAGGCAGCGCUUCUCGGCGCACCUCGCUAGGGUUUACGACAGUGGCGCCGUAGAAGUGACUGACUGAUGGAGUGAUGGGAGACGGAAGGGAAGGGGUACUGUGUGACAUGUCUCCCAUGGUGCUACUCGUACUUUUUUAGUUGGAACAUGUGGAAUAUCACAGAAUUUGCAUUGCCGACUC